AUAAGAUGCUGUGUACAUGCAGAAGUCAGUUGGGAUCUUCGGGAUGCACUGCAACCUUGAUUCUCAGGGUUGGAAUUUCCCUCUAAGCUCUAACUACAAAACAGUACUUCAGAGGCAACGGAAAAACAGCAAGAUCAUAAAGACUACCUAUGGAUUUAUGUCUGAAAGAUGACUGAUGACCAAUUACAAUCUGGCAAAUUUCAAAUGCAAAAUUUAGAGAGCAUUUUAACACAUUAGUGAUAAUGAUUUAUACAAACAUAACAACAAUCGAGGACUUCGUAAUACUUGGAUUUCCAGGACUUGACCCAGCAUAUUAUGGACCUGUGUCUGCACUUCUUUUCUUCAUCUACUUGCUUAUCCUCGUUGGAAACAUUUUUAUUUUAGUUUUUGUUGGGGUUGAGAGGCGUCUUUAUAAACCAACAUAUUUGAUCUUCUGUCAUCUGGCAAUUAAUGAUAUGUUAUUUGGGACAGUGACCUUACCAAAAAUGAUAGCCAGAUAUUGGCAGGAUGACAAGAUAAUAUCUUUUGGUUCCUGCUUCACUCAGAUGUAUUUUGUUCAUUCAUUGGGAGCUAUUCAUUCUCUCCUUCUGCUGAUAAUGGCCCUUGAUCGUUUUGUUGCAGUCUUUCUUCCUUUAAAAUAUCCUGUUCUGAUUACAAACAACAAUAUUUCUAUUGCUUGUGGGUUGUCGUGGAUUGGGACAUUUCUUAGGAUGAUGGCAGUUGUAUUUCAUGCCCUAACCUUGCCUUACUGUAAUUCUAACAUCAUUGUGCAAUGUUAUUGUGACCACAUUUCAAUUACAAACCUGGCAUGUGGUGAAAAUGUAAAGUAUGUUCAGGCUGUUGCUGUUGGUCUUGCAAUGUUUAGUCUCUUGCUUCCACUUUCAUUUAUAAUUUUUUCCUUUAUUUCAAUCUUUGCAAUAGUUUUGAGAAUAAGAAACACAGAGGGACGAUACAAAACCUUAUCAACUUGUACACCACAAUUAUUAAUUUGUUGCCUAUAUUACUUCCCAAGGUGUUUUGUUUAUCUAGCUCAUGCUAUAGGAUUUUCUUUCAGUUUGGACAUCCGCAUUUUAUUGAUAUUGUUGUACAGUAUUGUUCCUUGUGCUGUUAAUCCAAUAAUAUAUUGCUUCAAAACCAAGGAUAUCAAAGAUAUUUUGAUGAAGAGAUUGCAAAAUGCUAAAGUUGGAAUUAAGCAAGUUUCAAAGUAAUACAUUGGAAUAUAUUAAAUUCUUACCUUUGUAUCUGUAUAUCAAAUGCAAAAUGUUUAUCCAUCUCAACCAGUUCUAUUCUUGAGUACCUUAGAUGGCAAGAUUGUGCUACAUGUACUUUAUCGCGCUAAGGCUUUAUUGUUUUAUGAAUGUACAUAUUUUGCUUUUAUGCUAAAUACACUAAAAAGCUGUUAUUUUAUUUUUCUGUAAAAGACCUUAACUAAUUUCUGCACAGCAAUUUCUGUGGAAUUCAGAUAAAAAAAAGAGAUAUAUGAUAUAUUUCUAUAAGUCUGGUUAAAAUGUGUAACAAAAGUUGUACUUUAUUGUACCUUGCUAUUUACAAUACUGUGAUGUCCGAUCAAGCCAACUGAGCUCUAUUAAAGUCCCUCUCCACUCAAAAA